AGAACAAGCAGCUGCUGGACCAGAUCCACACUGCUGAGAUUACCAUAAACUAUGGUAAUUUGGAAAGGAACAUCGAGCACCAGUAUCGAGGCUUCAAGAACAUGGUGGAUCGCAUCAGGAUAGACCCCGAAAAAAGGAGAAACUCUUCAGUGGCUCAGGACACUUGGUAAUGUCGCAGACUGAGCAGAGUGGAAGCCUGUGAAAAGGGCACAGUUACAGGAUGUUACCCAUCCCUCUCUGAGAGGGAGGAGGAGAUGGAGCACGUCCAAAGAGGGAGUGCCGCAUGCAGCAAGGCUACAGAUAAACAUCGAACCAAGGCAGCUGCAAGUCAUCAGCACCGCUGGGCUGCACUGCAACACCACAGACGGCACCUCUGCACUUUCCACCUCCUAACUAAAGAACUUUGCCUCCGUUAACAGACUAAGACAGAAGAGUCUUUCAUCACCUGACGUCCAAUAUGAGUUUUGUGUCAGAAUGGCUUACGGAAAACAGCGACAAGAUCGAAAAGGGAGUAGAGAUACUAGGCCAAGGCUGUGAGAUCCUUGCAGCCACAGUAGGCCAGUUCAAUCCCAUCCUGGAGGCAGUAUUUAAUGUCUCCGCUGAGCUCCUUAGCAACCCAGAGGGCAAAGAUGCUAAGUAUCUUGCUGAGCAGUUUGUGAAGGUCAACCAGAAGCUGGAAAAGAUCCAGGGUGAGAUUAAAAAAACAGAGCUGGCAAUUAAGCGAUCACUUGUGAACCAGCAGAACUUCAACCUCCAAGCAAACAUAAUGAGUCAGUAUGAAUAUUUUAAAUAUAUUUUUACAGCCAAACCUGAGAAAAAGAAGUUGAAGCGAGAUGAGUUCCUCAUCUACUUUGAGGAAUUUGAGGGAGAAAAGAACCUUGAAUGCUUAUAUGAUGCUAUCAUGAAAGAGAACACCUCUGGACAGACAAUGCUGGACAUUAUAGUGGAAACUGAGCAGCGGAGCAGGAGGGCAGUGGAGGAAUUCUGUACUAGCCUGAAGAAGCUGUUUGUGAUUGGGAUCAUCUCACUGAUGGGCUACACUGCACUACAGGAAGACACUGUGGAUGAGGAAAUGGGGAAGAAAUGGCUUGCCCGCAUGGAGGACGUAGAGAAGCGCAUGAAGGCAGCAGUGGAUGAGUGUGUGAACAACUUUGCAGAGCAAGCCAAGACUGAUAUAGAUGAGAUGCUCCUGGAGAAGCAGAGCAGUGUCGACCCUGAGUUUACUAAAUUCCUACUGGAGGCUCUUGUAAAGAAGUAUUACUGGGUCUCCUGGUCAGUCCGGGUGUUUAACGAUGAUCGCAAACUUGUGAAGUUUUUGUUUGGGAAGAAGCGCCAUAUAAAUGGUGGAGUUGACAAUUAUUUUGAACAUUUGAGUGGUAAUAAAAUAAGGGUGGUGGUGUCUUUCACUGCAGACCCUAAACCACUCGACAAGAACCAGAUAAAGGAUCAAAUAGAGAAAGAGAAAGGUGGCAUGGAGUCUGUGGCUGAGUCACUGAGCAAAAGUUUUCCCAACUGUCUUGUCCAUGCCAUCAAUCGCUGUACGAAAGUGGAGGAAGCCAAUAAUUUUGAGCCUGAGCACUUUUAUUAUAUUUCUCACAAAAAAGCACACAUCUGUAUCCACUCUGAAUAAUUGAAUUUGGAUUAAACUAAACAUAUUGAUGUCCAAUACGAAUCUAUACUCACUUCUAUUAAUUAAUGAGUUGUACAAUGUUUAUGAUAAUAGAUAUUUGAUUAUUUACAAAUGUAUGAAUGUUAUUAAGGCUUGAGAUGAUCACUUUUAAUGAAGGCUCUUAAAAAGGAAAAAGGGCUUUGUGUCAUUUGUAUUUUUUUCUCUGUUAUAUCCAGGUUGACAAUUGAUUUUUAAAAAUGAAUACACAUUAAAUCAGAGCAUGAUUUUA